AUGUCGGUUAUGCUCACAAAAUUCGAAUCUAAAAGCAACCGCGUAAAAGGUCUUGCAUUUCACCCAACACAACCUUUGCUCGCCGCUUCGCUUCACAAUGGUUGCGUACAAUUAUGGAAUUACCGGAUGGGUGUCUUGGUGGACAGGUUUGAGGAGCAUGAAGGGCCUGUGAGAGCCGUGGCUAUCCAUCCCAGCCGUGCUCUUCUGUGUACGGGAGGAGACGAUUAUAAAAUCAAAGUUUGGGAUAUCCGACCACAGAACCGCCGCUGUUUGUUCACAUUGCACGGACAUCUGGACUAUGUCAGAACUGUUCAAUUCCAUCAUGAAAUGCCCUGGAUCAUUUCAGCUUCGGACGACCAAACGAUCAGAAUUUGGAACAGCACCUCACGCCAAUGUAUCGCUGUUCUUACCGGACAUUCACACUAUGUCAUGUCCGUCCAGUUCCACCCCAAGGAGGAUUUAAUCGUUUCCGCCUCCAUGGAUCAGACUGUUCGUGUGUGGGACAUCUCCGGCCUGCGCAAAGGGUCACCCAACCAAGGAGGACCUGGAAGCUCAAAUAGCAAUGGGCCCGGCAAUUUCGAGACUUUUGAUACAUUUUCCACUGUCAAACACGUUCUAGAAGGACACGACCGCGGUGUAAACUUUGCCACCUUCCAUCCCACCCUCCCUCUCAUCCUCUCGGCCGGAGACGACCGUGUUAUCAAAAUCUGGCGGAUGAGCGAAACCAAAGCCUGGGAGGUCGACUCGUGCCGUGGGCACUUCAACAACGUCUCCACCGCACUCUUCCACCCGAAGCACGAGCUCAUUGUAUCUUGUGGAGAGGACAAGACCGUGCGUGUAUGGGAUCUCGGCAAGCGCACUGCGAUCCAAACGUUCCGUCGCGAGCAGGACAGGUUCUGGGUGCUCGCUGCGCACCCGAACCUGAACUUGUUUGCUGCGGGCCACGACAGCGGUCUGAUCGUAUUCAAGCUUGAGCGCGAGCGACCGGCGUUCUCUGUAUUCCAGGACACCCUGUACUACGUGCGCGACAAAUAUGUCCGCUCAUAUGACUUUAACACUGGCGCAGACAUUGGACUUCUUAGUGUGCGGAAGUUUGGAAGCCCUUAUGUCCCUCCACGAACGCUCAGUUUCAACCCUGCCGAACGGGCGGUCAUUCUUACGAUCAGCUCGGACAAUGGGCUGUACGAGCUAGCUAACCUGCCUCAGCAAGCUCAAGGAGAACUGAAAGACUCGAGUGUAGACGGGAAGAAGGGAAGUGGGCAGAGUGCGAUAUUCGUUGCUAGGAAUAGGUUCGCUGUGCUCAACAAGACCACUCAGCUUAUCGAAGUCCGCGACCUAUCCAACUCAGUUGUGAAAUCAAUCAAACCUCCUGUCCAGACGAACGAGAUAUUCUAUGGAGGAACCGCCUGUCUCAUUCUCAGUUCGCCGACCGCUGUAGUGUUGUACGACAUCCAGCAGCAAAAGACAAUCGCGGAAAUUAACAGCCCUCCUGUCAAAUAUGUCGUGUGGAGUAAUGAUUCGUCCUUGGUUGCAUUGAUGAGCAAACACACCAUCACAAUUGCCAACAAGAAUUUCUCGCAACAUAGUCUGAUUCAUGAGACUAUCCGUAUCAAAUCUGGAGCUUGGGACGAUGCUGGCGUUUUCAUUUACUCGACGCUUAACCACGUCAAGUAUUGCCUAGCUCAAGGCGACCAUGGAGUUAUCUGCACCCUGGAUAACCCCGUCUAUCUGACACGCGUCAAGGGCAAAACUGUGCACUGUCUCGACCGAUCUGCGCGUCCACGCACUAUCACCUUCGACCCCACAGAAUACCGCUUUAAGCUGGCUCUGCUCAAAAAUAAUUAUGAGGAGAUGCUAUACAUCAUCAAGACAAGUACGCUUCUUGGACAGAGUAUUAUUUCAUACUUGCAGCAAAAAGGGUUCCCUGAGGCUAAUACCAACACCCGAUUCGAACUUGCAAUUGAGUGCGGAAACCUUAAUGUGGCAAUGGAGACCGCAAGGGAGAUCAACCGACCUGAAUGCUGGGAAAGGUUAGCCCAACAGGCCCUGAAGCAAGGCAAUCACAAGGUGGUGGAGAAAGCCUACCAACAGACGAAGAACUUUGAUAAGCUUUCCUUCCUGUAUCUUGCCACCGGUAGCAAGGACAAGCUUUCGAAGAUGCAGCAAAUUGCAGAUGCACGUGGGGACCCGAUGUCGCGUUUCCAUAAUGCUUUGUAUGCCGGAGAUGUAGAAGGAAGAAUCGCCGUCCUCCGUGACGUUGGACUUCAUCCGUUGGCGUAUCUGACUGCGAAGACAAAUGGCCUUAAUGAACUGGCGUUAGAGAUCUUGGAAGCAGCCGGUCUGACAGAGGCAGAUGUAGACGAUGUGCCCACGUUCGCUGCGUCGACUCUGAAACCACCACCUGUCAUCACCGCCACGGCCGAUCUUCUGUGGCCUUCUUUAUCAUCAGGCGAGAGUUUCUUCGACCGCGCGCUCGUCAACGGCCAGCUAGAAGGCGGCGUCGAGCCUUCAUAUGUCAACGGCGACGCUGCGGCCGCCGCCAAUUCCGCACUCGAUGCCUGGGCUAGGGAUGAGGAAGUGCACGAUGAAAUUGACCCUGAGGAGGAAGGAUGGGAGCUGGAUGCCGAUGGCGAUGGAGGGGAGUUCCAGUCCGCUAUCGAGGGUGAGGAAGCGGCUGCUGAGGAAGAGGAACUUGGUGCGGGUGCCACGCCUGGGCCGAGCGAGCCUGAACUGUGGGUCAGGAACUCACCGUUAGCUGUGGAUCACGUCGCUGCGGGUUCUUUUGACACUGCUAUGCAGCUCCUCAACAGACAGUUUGGUGUUGUUAAUUUCUCCAUUCUCAAACCCCUGUUCCUCUCAACAUACCGUUCGUCGCAUGUGUAUCUAUCACCUUAUGCGUCUCUGCCGCCUUUGAAGCUGCAUGUGCGACGUAACCCCAGCGAGAACGCGCCUAGUCGCGUCCUUCCCGUGUCCGUGCGGUCGCUUGCUACGCUCCGCUCUGAAUUGUCAGAUGGCUUCCGAUUGGUAUCGGGAAACAAACUACCGGAAGCGCAGGAAGCUUUCCGGUCGGUAUUGCAAGGGCUUCUGUUGGUUGUUUUGUCUUCAGACGACGAAGCCAAGCAGUGGAGAGAGACCGUGACAUCUGCGCGGGAAUACCUCCUCGGUGUCUCAAUUGAGCUCGAGCGAAGACGUGUGCUCGAGCAGGAGCCUGACAAUGUGACACGAAACUUGGAGCUUGCCGCAUACUUCACGCAGUGCCAGCUACAACCUCCGCAUAUGCAAAUCGCCCUCCGAAGCGCGAUCAAUGCCUUUGCGAAGGCUAACAACCAGGCGCAUGCUGCUAGAUUUGCCAAGCGCCUGCUUGAGCUGAAACCUGAUCCUAAAAUCGUUGCUCAGGCCCGACAACGUAUUGCAGCGGGCGACCGCAACCCGCGCAACGCUGUCGAAAUCGCCUACGACGAAUUCACACCUUUCGAGAUCUGCGCAGCGAGCUUCACACCCAUCUACAGUGGAUCCCCGGCUGUCCACUGUCCAUACACCGAUGCGGCGUACCUGCCCAAAUACAAGGGUACCCUCGACCCUCUCCUCCAGCUAACAGAGAUUGGAGCGUCUGCCUCGGGCCUGCCGGCCGCGUGGUAA